CAUACCACGCAUGCUCACAACAAAAACGCCCGCCAAGUUCUCUAGACGCCUUUUGAAACGAGAAAUGUAGUAUUCUUUUUAAUUAUGUAUGUUUUAAUAGGGUAGGCUACUAAUAGCUAAAACAUCACCCAUUUCGCUUAUUUAAAAACAAAUGUAUGUGCUACAGCGAUAGAAAUGUGUGGCACUCUCGCCGACUCCUAGCUAAAAAAUACGACGUCCUGUGUUCCUUGGCCGUUUGGACCAUCCAUGGUUAGGACGGAAGAGAAAGUGGUCAAGCAGUGAAUAUCUAUCUCGUCGGGAUUUUGUACUCUUUGUUGGAUGUGUGCUGUGGAUGACAACCGUCCAGCCCGUCGCAACAACAGCAGCAGCAGCGGCGCGGCAGCAGUGUAUUUAUCAUCGCAGCAACCGAGGGGAGUGAAGUGAACCGGAGGAAGGAGAGAGAAAGGAUUUACGGACACCGACCGAGCAUGGCUACCCAAACGACAGCAUCAUGCACUGGAUCCACUCUGUUGCAGCCAAUCAGCGAAAUUAUCAAUCUCCCUGUUGACCAGGUUAACUUUGUGGCAUGUCAGCUGUUUGCUCUGCUGAUGGCUGUGUGGUUUCGGAUCUACCUCCACCCCAGUAAGACCAGUCCCUUCAUCAGACAUGUGGUGGCCACGCUGCUGGGCUUCUACUUGGCUCUCUUCUGCUUUGGCUGGUAUUCCCUCCAUUUCCUGGUGCAGAGUGGUCUGUCCUACAGUAUCAUGGUCUUCGCUGGUUUGGAGCACAUGCAUAAAUACUGCUUCAUCGUGACACUUGGUUAUCUGAUAUUAUGUCAGAUCACGCGAGUCUACGUGUUUGACUAUGGCAUGUACUCUGCAGACUUUACAGGGCCCAUGAUGGUUAUAACACAGAAGAUUACCAGCCUGGCAUUUGAAAUACACGAUGGUUUGACCAAGCGAGAGGGGCAGCUGACUCCCAGUCAGAAAUACCUAGCUAUCAGGCGGAUGCCCAGCUUGUUGGAGUACUUGAGCUACAACUGUAACUUCAUGGGCAUCCUGGCAGGGCCCUCCUGCUCUUACAACGACUACAUGGCCUUCAUCGAAGGCACGUGCUACCAGCCGCGCCACCAGGAGAACGCCAACGGCAAGGAGAACGGGAAGUACAAGCAGAGCGAACCCUCACCCAAGAAUGAUGUCAUCUCCAAGCUGUGUACAUGUGCCAUCUCGCUGGCCAUCUAUCUGUCGCUGUGCAAGCUGCUCCCGGUGGAGCACUCCAUAGACGAUGACUUUGUCAGCUCCACCCCCUUCCAUCUUCAGGUCAUCUACCUUUACCUGGCCAUGCUGGCUCUGAGGCCAAAGUACUACUUUGUCUGGACACUUGCUGAUGCUAUCAACAACGCAGCUGGAUUUGGCUUCAAUGGAUACAACAAAGAUGGCUCCACCCGGUGGGACCUAAUAUCAAACCUCAGAAUUCUGGACAUUGAGUUUGCCACCAGUUUCAAGAUGUUCCUAGACAACUGGAAUAUCCAGACGGCUCUUUGGCUCAAAAGGGUGUGCUAUGAGCGCUGUCACAUCAACCCCAUGGCUGCCACCUUCCUGCUGUCGGCCAUGUGGCACGGGGUGUACCCCGGGUACUACCUGACCUUCCUCACUGGCAUUGCCAUGACCAUGGCCGCACGUGCAGUAAGGCACAACAUCAGACCACACUUCCUAGUCUCUGACUCGUACAAGCGCAUCUAUGAUGUCAUCACGUGGGCGUGGACUCAGGUUGCCAUCAGUUACACAGUGGCACCAUUUGUCCUACUCGCUGUGGGGCGCUCACUCAAAUUCUACAGGUCCUGGUACUACUGCUUACAUCUCCUCUGCCUCCUGGUGGUACUGGCCCUCCCUGUCAAAUCGAGACGCCGGCAGGCCAAAGAGCAGCAGGACGGCCUACAGGACAACCAGACAGACCACAACAGCACAGACAACAACUGCAACCAGAAAGACAAAGCCACAUGAGGCUCAGGACAGUGACGCUCAGUCCCUCUUCAGCAGCAGAAACCCUGAGAGGAACUAGAAACCACUGAGAGCUGGAGUGUGGCGAGUCUGUUUACCUGACAAAGAACCAAAUAUCGGACGCUCUGAGAAUCCUAACAGACAGAAAAACACAAGUCAAUGUUCUGUCAAAACUUCCCGUAGCAAGGAUGACAGCAAUCACAGUUUCUGACAUGGAUGAGAGACCAGGAUGUAAACUAAUGAGAGAUAGUGGUUACUUUACAUUACAUUAGUGGAAAUGAAGACUUCCAAGCUGCCUUAAACCCUCUAUGUACUCUGCUGGUGAAAAUAACAGUUGGAUGGCACGCUGCAUGAACCUAAAUGCAGCUUCACCAUUGUGGUGUCAGGUUAUACAAACAGAUUAGAUGUGCAGUAUGUGGAGGGUUUUUGUCAUUGUCUGGAUGCAAGCCUCUGUUAGGUGGAAACAGAAAAUGUGUUCAUGUAAAAGAAACAUAACCUUUAUCAUCAGCUGCCAACUUCAAACAGGCCUUAGGAUCCUCAAAACAUUGUUUGAUUUAAAAAAAAAAAUCUUUAUUGGAGAAGAAUUCACAUUGUACGUGUUUUGUAUUUAGAUGUUUGUGGCAACACUCUUCAACUCCAUUCUCAAUGUUUUUUUUUUUUUUUUUUUUUUUGGGAUGAAUUGACUGACAUAGAGAGUCCCAAAGUGGAAUUCAGAUCUCGUCCGUCUCCAGCAGUGGAAAGUCUAAAAGAGGCACUCAAGAGUUACUAAAUGGAUUUCUGUUUGUUUUUAUAAUUUUCAUAUCUGCUGCUUUUUUGGCAAACUUGACUCAUCAGAUAAAUGUGUGUGCGUGUGUGUGUGUUGAUCUUUACCCUUUUGUGAUUUCAAUAUUUUCUUUAAGGAUUUCUGACCUUGUUUCAGGGGUGUGGUUUAUACUUUCUUUUUUCAUGUGAUCAUAUUUUUCAUACAACAGAUUUACUCUGUGUUCACAUGUCUUGCCUCUGUAACACAAGUAUCCAAAACUAUUUAAUUAAUGUAAGUCCUAAAUAAUAAAAUUGUAUCAUUUGGGAAACUCAGUGGAUUGUUAACAUCACCGUUGAACACUUGCAAGGUUUAAUUAAUUGUCUUAAAUCCUACAAAUAUAACAAAUCUAGUCGGAUUACCACAUCCAUUGAAGACUUAUUUAAUUACCUAAAUGUUUUGUAGCCAUAAUUAUUACAAGCCAAUUCAAUACAUUUAAUAAUAAAAAAAAAAAAAAGGUUUCCAAAUUGAUGCACAGUACAUAAAAGCACAUAUUGUGUUCAGGCUGCAAACUAUGUAAGUGCAAUUGACAUUUGUCUGAGGAAAUCUGAUACGGUUAUUUAUGUAUGUGACAUAAUAAUAUUGUACAACAUUUCAAAGACAGACCAGCUGUUGUGGUAAAUGUUCUUAUUUCAUAUUGUGUGCACUUAUGUUAGAAUAGGAGAUGUUUCAGGGUGCAUUUACUGUAGGGUAAAAGAGACACACUGGUUCCUCACGUUGUUUUGGUUCACGGCUCACCUUAAGCCUUUUUGAAAUCCUAUUUACUCUUUAUAACAUGCAGCAGUUUAAACAGCCACCCCUGUGAUACAUUUUGUAUCAUUAUACAUUUUUAUGGAUUUAGUUGAGGAAUUGUGGUGCAGAGGAGGCAACCUGAAAGGCACCUCACUGUUGUUUAGACAUUCACAAGACACAUUUUUACAUAUCUGUUAGCAGGAAACGUUUUGAGAAUUUCAAGCCCACAAUAUCCUGAAGUCGUACUUUUUUUUUUUUCAUCUAAUUGUCAGUAAUUUGAGUUGGUUUGGUGCAUUUGCGUUAUGUAAAAUUAUAACAAAGCAGCAGAGGUGAGCUUUUUCAUUUAUUUUAAAGAUUUUCUAACAUUUGCAUAUUCCUGCCAUAACUGUGUGUGUACCAGUAUUCAUGUGAUCCGUACAUGUUGAUGUGGUCUCAUGUAAACUAUAUUUGUAGCCUGGGCCCUGCGUAGGCGAGCGUGGCCCACCUAAGGGAAAGGGAUGUCAUUCUACAAACAUAGCGAUUAUUGCACUGCAUGGCCACCCAAACCAGCAGAUCAAUGCAAACGGCUCCAUAUGUCCAAAGUGCCAAAUCAUGAAUGGCGCGUUUUUGUUUUUGUGUGUAUGUGAGCAUGCGUGCCUGCGCGUGCGUUUGUGUGUGCAAAUGUGUUCAUGUAGUAUGUGCGUUUGUGCGCCUGUGUAACAUAACGGUUAUUUUUGUGUCAGAAGGAAAUUUAUUGAAAGAUUUGUAUAACAGUACAUUAAAAUUCUGAUUUAUGUGGCAAAAUAAAGAGAAAUUAUUUUUAAACACUAAAA